ACUAUAAAACAUAUCUUCCCUGAUAUUUCGAUUCAGUUUAUAUAGUUUAUAUGUACGAUUAAGAAUAUCGUAUAUAACAACUAUAUAAUAGUAUAUAAGAAACAAACAUGAUCAAAAAAAUUGUUAUUAUUUGUGCAUUAAUUACAUUAAUUAAUGCAUUAUCUUGGAAUUAUAAUCCAAAAAUUAUAAAUGGGGAGAAUGCCAAAGAAGGAGAAAUUCCUUAUCAAGUAUCACUGCAGAACAAAUUUAGCUCUUUCCAUUUUUGCGGUGGAUCUAUUCUUAAUGAAAAUUAUAUAAUUACUGCGGCACAUUGCGUGAAUGGUAAAUUUGCAGAAGAUAUCAAAGUUGUAGCAGGCACGAUCAAUCUGGCCCUUCCAAAAUACGAGAAUGAUGUCCAUAAAAUCAUUAUUCACGAAAAAUAUAACUAUUCGGAUUCGUGGAAGAACGACAUAGCAUUACUCAAGGUUACACCAUUUGUACUAUCGAACUUAAUUUCCCUUGUCCCUCUUCCAUCACCAGACGACAUCAUUAAGCCAAAUGAUGUGGCAACUGUUUCUGGCUGGGGCAGACUUAGUCAAGGAGGACCAACAACUAUUUACUUGCAACGAGUAAACAUCCUGAUUGCAAAUCAAGAAUAUUGUAAAUUAAUGUAUAACAAACUAAAUUACAAUGUUUACGAAACCCAAAUUUGUGCAUACUAUCCAACUAGUGAAAAAGGAUCGUGUAAUGGUGAUUCUGGUGGCCCCUUGAUCGUCGAAGGAAAACUCAUUGGUCUCGUUUCAUGGGCAAUGGGCUGUGCCCUCACUGAUUAUCCAACUGUCUAUACUCGCGUUGUAUCAUAUCUUGAUUGGAUAAAAGUAAAUGCUGUAUAAAUUUUACAAGUUGACAACACAUGAUUAUUAACUCUUUGCACUCUCGGUCACCAUUUGGAUUGAUGCGGCAACUUGAACGGCGGCAAUAUUUAUUUACGUUUGGUUUUUUUAGAAUAUCGCUUCAAAUAGGUUCUCUAAACUCUUUACGUAUAAUCUUACGAAAUGUAGAAUAAUAUAUUGUUAAAUGAUGGUAGAUUUUUUAUCUCAAAUUAAACCGUGAUCGCGGGUCGGACGACAUCUUUGAGUUUUGUAAGCGCAUGGAAUACGGUAAUGAAAUUAGUUCAAGCGAAGAUGAGUUUGAGUUUUCGUUAUUGAAUGACGAAAUUACUUCUAUUCAUAAAGAAAUUAACGAUAGAGAAAGCAAUGAUGAACACAUAGAUGAAAUAAGAGGAAAGAAGGCGAAAAA